AUGUCGUCGCCGUCGUCUGGAGAGCGGUACGAGGAGGAGGAGGAGGAGGAGGAGGGCGCCUACGAGAGCCAGGCGAAGCGGCUGAAGCCCAGCGCCGCCGCCGAGGAGGGCGAGAUCGAGUACAGCGGCGCGGAGGAGAGCGACGGCCGGCGGGAGAAGGCGGCGGCGCCGCGCGGCGGCUUCGCGGGCGGGGAUGCAGGGGGAAGUCAUCACAAAGUCUCCGUUUCACCAGUUGUUCAUGUCCGAGGACUCUGUGAAUCAGUUGUGGAAGCUGAUCUUGUGGAAGCUCUGGAAAAGUUUGGAACCAUAUGCUAUGUCAUGAUGAUGCCGUUUAAGCGACAGGCUCUGGUGGAGUUUGAAAACGUAGAAAGUGCCAAGAAAUGUGUAACAUUUGCAGCAGAUGAGCCAGUAUAUAUCGCUGGACAGCAAGCCUUUUUCAACUAUUCAACAAGUAAAAGGAUUACUCGGCCAGGGAACACUGAUGACCCAUCUGGUGGAAAUAAAGUUCUCCUGUUGUCAAUUCAGAAUCCUCUCUAUCCAAUUACAGUGGAUGUCUUGUAUACUGUGUGCAACCCUGUUGGAAAAGUUCAGCGCAUUGUUAUAUUCAAGAGGAAUGGAAUACAAGCUAUGGUUGAGUUUGAAUCAGUGUUUUGUGCCCAGAAGGCGAAGGCUGCACUCAACGGAGCAGAUAUCUAUGCAGGAUGCUGCACGCUCAAGAUUGAAUAUGCAAGGCCAACUCGACUUAAUGUCAUUAGAAACGACAACGAUAGCUGGGACUACACUAAACCGUACCUGGGCCGCCGAGACAGAGGGAAGGGCCGCCAGAGGCAAGCUAUUUUGGGAGAGCACCCAUCAUCCUUUAGACAUGAUGGAUACGGGUCGCACGGUCCUUUAUUGCCCUUACCGAGCCGGUACCGAAUGGGAUCUCGUGACACUCCAGAGCUCGUUGCUUAUCCAUUGCCCCAGGCAUCGUCCUCCUACAUGCACGGUGGGAAUCCUUCUGGUUCGGUUGUCAUGGUCAGUGGGUUGCAUCAGCUAAAGAUGAACUGCUCAAGGGUCUUCAACCUGUUCUGCUUGUAUGGAAACAUUGAGAAGGUGAAAUUUAUGAAGACUAUUCCAGGCACAGCACUGGUUGAAAUGGGUGAUGAAUAUGCUGUAGAAAGAGCUGUCACGCAUCUCAACAAUGUCAAAUUAUUUGGAAAGAGGCUUAAUGUCUGUGUUUCCAAACAGCACUCGGUAGUUCCAAGCCAGAUAUUUGAACUGGAGGAUGGCACAAGUAGUUACAAGGAUUUCGCAAUGAGUAAGAAUAAUCGCUUCACCAGUGCUGGCCAAGCAUCUAAGAACAUCAUCCAACCACCGUCUUGUGUGCUGCAUUAUUACAAUGUACCGCUGUGUGUUACUGAAGAAACCUUUGUAAAGUUGUGUGAAGAUCACGAAGUUCUCAGCUUUAUUAAGUACAAAGUGUUCGAUCCAAAACCCUCUGCCAAAACACUUUCUGGUCUGUUGGAAUGGGAAUGUAAGACAGAUGCAGUGGAAGCCCUCACUGUACUUAAUCACUACCAGAUAAGAGUACCAAAUGGCUCUAACCCUUACACCUUGAAGCUUUGCUUCUCUACUUCAUCCCAUUUAUAGAGAAGAGGACAGCAUGUUAAGAGCUGUGUUUGCCUCAAUUUGCAAGUCUGAAACUACACUUCAUUCACAAAGCUCUAAAGUGGUUGCUCUAAUGUUGCCUUGUUUCAACUUAAUUCUAAUAUCUUAUCUUGUUUUAUAAUAAAUGGAUGUUCCUUCAUAAAUAUAAAACAGAUUUUUUUUCUCUUUGCCUCUGAGAAGUACAUGUUGUAAGCUAGCUACUUGCAUUUCAUUAAUGUAGUAACUUCAAAAGUCUAAAGACCAAUAACAUAGUGUACAUUCAGACCCUAAAAUGUCAAUAGUUUCCUUCAAAAAAUGAAAUUUAUUUGCCUUUUUGAUGUUGAAGAUUAGCAAGUAUUUUUCCAUUUGUAGUUUUAAUUGUCUGAUUACAUCAGAAUUUUAAAUGUAGAACUUGUUUUUCAGUAAGUUGUGAAGUAUGCUGCAAUAAAUACUAAAAAGCUUGUAUUUAUAAAAUGCUUAAAUCAGGUUGAUGGUGCACAUACUGAAUUUUUAGUAUAGACUUAUAUUUCAAACAAAGCUAAGGUAGAAAAAAAUAAGUAUGUACACGUGUAUAGUGUGAAUUCAUACUUAUUUAAAGUGGUUUGGUUUGUUUUUUUAAAUUGCAUUUGCAUUAGCAUGAUGCCAUCUAUAGCUAGUCCCACCGUAGGGGCCUUUCGGAAAUUAAAAUUGGAAGCCUGUGUCAGUGUGUUCAUCCUCAUUUCCCAUAACUUAAAUCUAAAUCUUGGGGUUUAUCGUAUUCUCUUGACUUUUAAAAUAUUUAUGACUUAGUAAAUGUUAAGAAAUGGAUAUGUGAGAACAGAGAAUUGAUUGCAACAGAACAAACAUGUAAACAUAGCUAAAGCAAAAGACGCAAGCCCCACCAUACUCUCUCAUAGCUGGACUGUUGAUUUGAAUGAUACUUAACAUUUAUCAGUGUUUUAUUUCCUUUUGCCUGGUUUUAUUCCACUCCUGUGAUAAAAAGAUGCAUAGGG